UAUGAAUUAUAAUCUCAAAACUUUCGAUACCAUUAAAUGGUUAAGAAAUCGCUAUAAAUCAAGAGUUAAAGAUAAAUACAUUCUUUAUGAUUCAGAACUCAAAGAAUAAAUCAUGAUGAAAGCAGUUUUUAAAUCAAUUGAUAGAGAUAAAUCAAGUAUUAUUCAUUACUCAAAACUUAUAAGAAUUUCUAGAUAGAUCUGAAUUAUAUGAUAUGUUCAUUAAAUAUGGAAUUAAUAUUACUAAGUCCAAACUCAAACUAUUUUUUAAAAGCAUAGAUGAAGAUGAAGAUGGUAUCAAUUAUUACAAACUAUAGAUAAAUUAAAUUGGACAGAUUUUAAAUAAGCUCUUUAAAAUUAAGAAGCUUUAGAUAGUAUCAUUUUUUUUUAUUAUCUUUAGUGUUUGUCUAAUUAAUGAAGAAAAUUAGAGAAGAUUAUGAAAUCAAUCAAAUUAACCCUGAACAACAAUUAACUUUUGUUCCUUUAAGUUUUCCUUAAAUGAUACAAUAUAUGAAUUAUUGUGUUUUGAGAGAAGAAAUUAUUGAUAAGAUAGAAUCUGAUAAUUUCAAUAAUUAUUAAAAACAUAAAUAAUGCGUCAAUCUUCUUACUCUAGAAGAUUGUUGCUAUAGAAAUAUCAAAUAAGAAUAAAAUGAAGAUGAAAAUGAAGAGGAUCAAAUUAAAAAUAUUCAGUCAGUUGAUCAUGCUUAAUUAUUAUAAAUGAAAAGAUUCCAAGAAAAAGAACUCAAAUUUAAAAGAUUAGUAAACAUUAUAAAUAUUUUAUUUUUUAGGAAAAAGUUAAAAAUAUAAGUAAAAAAAGAUUUUACACAAAUUAAACUUAAGACUUAAGUGCAACCGACAAUGUAAGAUCGUAAAUAUUUAUACAAUUUAUAUUAUAGAUCAGAUUUAUCGUAAUUAAAAAUUAAUCUUACUUAAGAGAUCAAUAAAACAAGAGAAAAUCUUGAUAAGUUUUUAGCAAUCUUAAAUAAUGAAAAAAAUUAAUUUAAAAAAUCAAGACAAUCAUCUAGAGUCACCUCAAGAUAAAAGUCAAGAGAAAAGAACUCAGCAUUAUUUAAAAAGAAUACUAUACUAGUUGAAGCAGAAAAAGAUUUACAAAAUGCAUCAACAGGGUAAAACAAAUUUAAAGCAUUAAAUUUUGGAUUACCUAAUAAAAUAAAAGUACUUAUUAUACAUAAAUUUUAUUAAGUAUCCAAGAUAAAGGAUAUUAUCAUUAGGUUUAAAAUAAAAAUGAAACCAC